AUGAAUGAAAUUGUAGAUGAUGAAUAUGGUGCUGAAGCACCAUUGGAUGACAGCGUGGCUUAUGGUGAAGCCGAUGGUGUGCCCCUUGGAGAGUCGGACUCGUUUUCGAAUGUAGCUCAAGGACUAACAGGUCAUCAUAAAGACCUGAUGAUGCAAUACUGGCAAGAUACUAUCAACAGUAUUGAACACGAUGACCACAAAUUCAAAAUUCACCAGCUUCCUCUAGCAAGAAUUAAAAAAGUCAUGAAAGCCGACGAAGAUGUCAAGAUGAUUAGUGCCGAGGCACCUAUUUUGUUCGCUAAAGGCUGCGAUAUAUUUAUUACUGAAUUGACCAUGCGAGCGUGGAUUCAUGCCGAAGAAAACAAACGUCGCACAUUACAACGUUCGGACAUUGCAAGCGCUCUUCAAAAGUCAGAUAUGUUUGAUUUUUUAAUCGAUAUUGUGCCGAGAGAAGAAGCACUUGCUGCUAACCGUCGUCCUCCAAACUAUCAAGAUAUGUACCAAGAGGCCGGUAGUAUUCCAGGCUAUGUUGACGAGCAGAAUAUGUCUGGUUUACCUCAUUCAGCACAAGAUGUCUCUCAUGAUGAGCUGACUCCUACAUAUACAGCAGAGCUCUCACAGCUACAUCAUCAGCAACAACCGUCUCACCUACCACCUCACCAACAACCAGUACAUCACCAACAGCAGCAGUUACCACAGAUUCCAUCUCAACAGCCAACUCCUCAACAACAUAUUCCUUCGGCUCAGCAGUCACCACAUCAUACACCUCAGCCACAGUCACACCAGCCAUCGUCUCAACACUCUACUCCCCAGCCUGGUCAACAACCUCAUUAUAAUAUGGACGGCUCAUCAGUGGGCCCUGGAUCUGGCCUGACGUCCGCUAAUAGCACUCCUGGACCACACCCACAAGGACCACAGCAGGACUAUAACCAGGUGUAUCCUCAGCACUCAUACAGCGAAAACAUCGAUUAUAAUGGCUAUCGCCAGUACUAG